AUGAAUAGGAACCGGAUCAACAAUGUCUUCUUUUUGAAUGACCAGACUCUGGAAUUUUUAAAAAUUCCUUCUACUAUUGCACCACCCAUGGACCCACCUGUUCCCAUCUGGAUUAUUAUUUUUGGUGUGAUAUUUUGUAUCGUCAUAGUUGCAAUUACGCUACUGGUCUUAUCAGGGAUCCGGCAACGAAGAAGGAAGAACAAAGGACCAUCUGAAGUGGAUGAUGCAGAAGAGAAAUGUGAAAACACCAUCACAAUUGAAAAUGGCAUCCCCUGCGAUCCCCUGGACUUGAAGGGAGGGCACAUUAAUGAUGUUUUUGUGACAGAGGAUGAACGGCUCACCCCUCUCUGA